GCCUUUGAGGAUGGCUGGGUUUUGGGAAAUGAGAGAUUGGGGGGAAACAUGAGAAGAGGAAGAGUGAAGAUUGAGGGCCCGGGGGUGGCAUCGUAUGUGGCGAAGGCAAGUGAGGUGGCACAAUUCAUGAUCGAGGAAGGUCAGGUGGAAGUGACUUUGGGCGCGGAAACUAACAAAAUCUUAUUUAAGCCCUGGAUGACCCCGACAGAGUUUAGGGAUUUAAGGAGGCAAGAGGACGAUAGGGUCUUUUGGGUAACGGCGAUCCAAAUUCCACUGGACGCUAUGCCGUUCAUCUAUGCGCAAAUCGAGAAAGCAAUUGGUAAGAUCUUACUGGCACACCCAGCGGACACGGAUCCAGCCAGACCAGCGCUGGUCAACGCAAGAUUUGACCUCGAUCCGGACUCGAGGCCGAAUAUGAAGGAUGUUAUCUGGAUUGAAACCUCUAAGGGGGACACGCUGGAGCAGGGGAGUGGAUUACAAGGCGGGAUUUUAAGGAACAACCCUACCUUCUCCCCAGGAGGAGGAGGAAGAGGAGGGCAGCCCGGUUACAUGGGUAACUCAGCUUCGGGACAGAUGCAAGCACAAGGUGGAAGCGGCGUAGGAGGGCUUUACUUUAACAACCUUCCAGCGCAAGGCAUGGCUCCCGGGAACUGGUCUCAAGCUGCAGGGACUCAAGCAGCAGGCAUGACCCUAGAUUGGUUUUUGGCAAAUGGAUAUGUACCAGGCCUCUGGCCAGGUGCGGGACAGCUACUGGGCAACCCAGGUGGGGGCGGACCCGGAUACACACCAGGAGGACUCAGAGUACAAUUUGCGGCACCAACAGGACAAUUUGGAGUUCCAAGUCCGAUACCGCCGGGCAAUCAGGUGACAGGAGUGGGGGGCACAUCAGGCCCCAGCCAAGGUGGCUUUGGAACAGGAACGAUAGGAACCUCGGGCAUGAACGGCUAUGUACAGGGAAACUCCGGCCUUCGAACAGGCAUAGGAGCAGGUAAUACUCUGGGGGGAACCUCGAGGGGAGGAGGAGCUAUGGGUGGAACACUGGGAGAGCAGGAAUCGACUAGCACCCCCAACCGAUCAAGGGGUAGAGGCUUGGGAAAGCAGCGAAGAUUGAGCAUGUCAUCUCAACCGGAGGGGGACCUGAUCUGGGCUUAUGCUCCGGUAAACAGGAAAGAGUGGAUAACUUUCUUUGAAGAGCUCAGACUGAUCCUGCCAGAUGUAGACCACAUAGUGCUAGGGAGGGACUUGAAUACCUCCUUGGACAUGAAUCAGUAUCAGUCCGGGUACCCGAAAGACUCAUUGGCCUUGAGCAAUCUGAUGGCAAAUCUAGAGAUGCAGGAUUCUUACCGCCACCUUAACCCGGCGGAGCAAGGAUAUACGUGGUUCUCUCAUCGGGGCGGGGUAGGAGGUGAAGUAAGAGAAGAUGGAGGAGAAGAGGAGAGAGAUGAGGAAGAUGAGAAUGGAGAAGAAGGGGAGGAAGGGAAAGAGAAUGAAAGUAAGGAGGAGGAAGGAGGAGAUGAAGAUGGGAGAGAAGAGAAGGAAGAAGGAGGGAGUGAGGAGGAAGAAGAGGAAGAAGAAGGAGGAGAGGAAGAAGAAGAAGAAGAGAAAGAAGAAGAAGAAGAAGAAGAAGAAGAAGAAGAAGAAAAUAAGAAGAAGAAGAGGAAGAAGAAGAAGAAGAAGAUGAAGGUGAAGAAGCUUCUUCCUUCCUCUCACCUUGUUGAUUCCUUGGUGUUGGUGUCCUGUUGAUGAAGCUUUCUCUCCUUGCACAAUCCUCUCUUGGCUAUGGCUUCCUUCUUCUCCAAGCCCUUCUCUCCUCCUCCCUUGCUUUCUCUCAGGCUAUGGCAAGCUCCCCCAG